AUGAACCGUCCUUUUGAACUCAGCUUGUCUGUUAGGGAAAUAAAUCGAACAGAAGAGACGCAAGCCUAUCACCUAGAGGACCAAUACAAGAUCAAUGUUACCUUGGAGCACAACAUAUACAGUUUAUUACAUCUGAUAUGGCUCUUUUCUGCAGAUCGAUCUUUGAAGCCCAUGCUUUUAAAAAUAUAUUAUCAAGAAAGAAGAAUCUAUGGACCAGAGAGAUUAUGUGAUGUUCUCGACACCUCCGAAGUUCCUACAGACAUAUCCGAAGAUGAUUUUGUAUUAGAAGUCGACUACGAAAUGUUUGAUCAUCCAUCUCUAGGAGUUGCUGAGCCGGUUGAAGAUCUCUUCGACUUAGAAGUGCGUUGGAAUGAUUUUCAUGGCCGAAUCCAUACUCUGAGAUAUCGAGAAGGGUUGUUGUUCGAAGUGCGGACUCUAAAAGAUUACAUUAUUCAAGAUAGUGAAAGGUAUGCCAAUUCGAGAAUGAUCGAUCAAGGGUCAUUAACAGUGAAACUUCAACCCUCCGGCAAGAUACUUGAUGAUCUGUUUAAUAUGCGCAGAAAUUUGGGUUUGGAUGUCACUCCCUUACACCCUGUCGCAAUUGAAGUACAGAUAUCAUUUAACACGAGAUUCCACAUCAAGGUCGAGUCUAAUAUAAGCCAGCUUCAAGAGGAGUCCAGUUUGUUUGAGGUCAAUAACGGCACUACCGUUUCAGAAUUAAGACGUCAGAUCAUUGCGAGACUAGACCAGUUUUCGGUAAGAAGAACUUUCGAGGAUGAGUUGAUAAUGUUCUACCAGGAAUUAGCCCUUACUGGAACCGGUAAUUUGAUGUUGGAGUUGGGAACGAGACCGACUCAAGCACAAAACAAAAUCUACAAGAUCAGAGUAGAUACUUCCUCUACUGUUAGCGGGUCUAAUGGGUUAUUAAGCCGUGAAUUUUUGAAUGACCUCAGAGGACCCAACCGAUUUGAAUUCUUGCCACGAAGACCAGCACAGCAAAACGGCUCUGUGCAACCAGAACAGCCAAUCCUACCCAUUGAUCCAACCAGAAUUGUUUUUGAGAACGGCGUUGAAUGGAACCUUGCAGGCGAGACUUACGAGAGAAUACGUCCCAAUCCCAACACUCUCACCACCACCGAAAGGAACCAACAGGAGUUGUUGGUUGAUCAAUCGGAUAUCUCGAGUUUGGACUACGAGUUUUCGUUAAAGAUCGAGGAUCAAGUCAAGCUGGUCUCUUUGAAUACCUCGCAGUGUAUUAUCGUUGACAAGGGCGACCAUACUCCAUAUUUGUUGCUAAAUCCAUCAGGGGCAGCGAAGCUAUGCCUGCACUUUGGGCUUCCCAAUGGCGAUGCGUUGAUCCAGCAAGUGCAAGUGUUGAUGUACGAGCCGGCAAAUCGUCCAGGAAAUGCCAGCAACCAACCCCCCUCCGUACCCACACCAUUACCCACACCUACCACCAACAAUUCCACAGGGACCUCAGGGAACAGCGCACCACGUCCCAGUGCUGAUGGAGCGACGGCUGCGUUGGUGCGGGUGUUCAAUCUCUUGUUUGUGGGAUACGAAGCGCCUGGCAACCGAGCGGUUUUAUUUGUGCUCAAGUCGUUGUUGGUGAUGAAACUUUUGGGGAUCGAGCUUCCGCUUGAAGUAUGGAAAAUUGUGAUUGCUUACGGGGUGGUUGGCACGCUUCUCUACUUGACAAUAUUCAAAGGCACAGAAAUUGCAGCCUCUAUCGAGGAGCACUUUCCUGAGAAUAACCAGGUUCGCCAACCAUGGGUGAUCAGACCCAUUUUGGUGCUAGGCAAGGUAAUGAGGUUUACCAGUCGUGCCACCUCUGGGGUUUCGAGAUCGAUCGGGAACGAGGUCAUCCACGUGCUAGUUGCAAGGACGAGAGACUUCGAGUAUAUUCUUGACAGCCGCCAGGGCGGUGCAUGGUCGCGCUGGUGGUACAGGGUACGUGAUGGUGGUGCCAAUGCAUGGAAAGACGCCCUCAUGUGGGGCGUGACGUUUCUCCCCGAUUGGGACCAGCGCAUCGUGGAGUUGACGGAAGCAUGGAGAAAAGACGAGAUGGCAGAAUUGGAACGUAGGGUCGAUUUGGAGGCCCAGCUG